AUGGAUAUCUUCCAAUGUGUCUCCGGCUACAUCACCAAAAUGGUGUCGAACGGAGACAGCACAGCUACAGCUGGUGCAGCGAAGAUGAAGAUCCUUUUGCUCGAUCGCGACACAGUACCGAUCGUAUCCGCAGCAACUACACAGUCAGCACUCCUCAACCACUCCGUCUACCUGACCGAUCGAAUCGAGAAUCAAGAGCGAGAGAAAAUGCGACAUCUGCGCUGCUUGUGCUUCUUACGACCAUCUUCCGACAGCAUACAACUCUUGAUUGACGAGUUCCGAGAACCGAAGUAUGGAGAGUACUAUAUCUACUUCAGCAACAUCAUAAAGAAAUCCUCGCUCGAACGAUUAGCCGAAGCGGACGAUCACGAAGUUGUGAAAGGCAUCGUGGAAUACUUUGCCGACUUCAUAGUCGUCAAUCCUGAGCUCUGCAGCCUUCCCUUAUCGUCACGUAUCUUCAGCACUUCGCCUGAUGCAUGGAACCAUGAUAGUCUCACUCGGACCACCGAAGGUGUACUCGCAUUACUUUUGAGCCUGAAGAAGAAGCCUUUGAUACGAUAUGAGAAGAACAGUGUGCUGUGCCGGAAGCUCGCGACGGAAAUCAGGUAUGCGAUGACACAAGAGGAGCAGCUAUUUGAUUUCCGAAGGCCAGAUACGCCUCCCAUACUGCUGUUGAUGGAUCGACGUGGAGAUCCCGUCACUCCUCUUUUAACACAGUGGACGUAUCAGGCUAUGGUACAUGAGUUAUUAGGUAUCGAGAACGGGAGGGUCAAUCUUAGCGACGUGCCUGAAGUACGGCCUGAGUUCAAGGAAAUCGUGCUAUCACCCGACCAGGAUCCUUUCUUUGCCAAGAACAUGUAUCUCAAUUUCGGCGAUCUUGGCCAGAACGCCAAGGAGUAUGUAGAGCAAUUCGCGUCAAAGCAGGCGAGCGGCCAGAAGCUCGACAGCAUAGAAGAUAUGAAGCGCUUCGUCGAGGAAUACCCUGAGUUCCGGCGACUGUCUGGCAAUGUCACCAAGCAUGUCACGUUAGUAACGGAGCUCAGUCGACGAGUCGAGACCGACCACCUGCUAGAUGUGUCUGAGCUCGAGCAGAGUCUUGCUUGCAACGACAAUCAUACACAAGAUGUCAGGACCCUGCAAUCGAUCAUACAGAACAUUGCGAUACCUCCAUCGAACAAACUCAAGCUUGUGGCAAUCUAUGCUUUACGGUACUCGAAUCACGUUAACAAUAACACCUUUGCUCUGCUCGAUCUUCUUGCUGUGGCUGGUGGCAUCAGCAGACACCGCAUCAACCUCAUUCCGAAGCUUCUGGCCUAUGCCGCCAGCCUACACACAGCCCAGCAAGGAAACGGUGCUGGUGGUCUACCAGAUCUUUUCCAGCCUGCUCAGAAUAUUUUCUCAGAAGCACGAUCACGAUUCAACCGUGGUUUACGUGGUGUGGAGAAUGUCUACACGCAACACUCGCCUCGACUCGAGACCACUUUGCAGGACCUGAUCAAGGGCCGUUUGUCUACGAAUGCUCAUCCGUUUGUUGAAGGUGGAGGGCAGACGCGAGAUAAGCCGCAGGACAUCAUCGUCUUCAUUGUGGGCGGUGUGACGUACGAAGAGGCGAAGAUGGUGGCGCAGGUCAAUGCCAGCUCGCCUGGUGUACGUGUCGUGCUAGGAGGCACUGGUAUUGUGAACAGCAUGAGUUUCUUAGAGGAUGUUGAGGAGAGUGUUGAUGCUUGGCCUGAGCCGCAGCCUGAUACAGCAGCGGGACGGCUCAGAAGAGAAGUCGGGCGAGCAUGA